AUGGAAUUUGGAGCAGGCCCUGCCAUGAUUCCACAAGAAGUUUUAGAAAAAGUUCAACUGGAAUUAUUAAAUUAUAAUAAUACAGGAAUUAUUGUUUAUGCAAGGUGGUGGCCACACACAAUUUUCUGCUUAGUUUAUAAUUUAUUGGCUGCUAAGAAUCAAAAUAUGUCACAAACAAGUGUUGAUGAAGAAGAAAAAGAAGUGUUUAAUUCACCAUUAGAUUACAUAAUAACUGGUUCUUGGUCAUCUAAAGCUUUUGAAGAGGCUAAAAGAUUAUAUAAUAAUAUUAAUGUAGUGAUUGAUGCUAAAAAAUUUAAUGGAUCUUAUGGAUCUAUUCCAUCAAAAGAACGCUGGAAAUUUAAUGGUUCAAAGGCUGCUUAUGUCUAUUAUUGUGAUAAUGAGACUGUCAAUGGUGUUGAAUUCAUCAUGUUCCUGAAGUAG